AAUUACUUAUUAUAUAAAAAAACUCAAAAAGUAGUCAAAUCUCCUUUAUUUUUUGUCUCAUAAUUUUAUCCUCUCCUCCUCCAAGAGAGCAGAGCUGGGCAACAGAACCAUUUAUUUCUCUCACACUCUUCGCUAUCAUUCAAUCGAGGAUACGUACACACACCCACAGCUAUAGCAGCUCUUUCAAGUGUGUUGACAAAGAUGAAACCUGUCUGUCCUUUUGCAAAAGUUGCUCGUCCUGAUGAUGGAUCUUUGAAGAAACCUAAUGGAAAUAAGCAGCAUCCAGCGUGUGAGGCUAAAUCUAAGCCAGAGUCUACUGAAUCUGCCACUAUCUCUCCAAAAUGCCCUUUGGGAUAUGAUUCUGAAACCUUCAAGAUUGGACCGUUUAGCUGCAUGAUAUGCAAGGCACUUCUUUUUGAGUGUAGCAAAUGCAUUCCUUGUUCACAUGUGUACUGCAAAGCUUGUAUCUCACGCUUUAAUGAUUGUCCUCUCUGUGGCGCCGACAUCGAGAGUACCGAACCUGACACAAAUCUUCAGAGUGUUGUUGAUCGCUUCAUUGAAGGUCAUGCAAGGAUCAAACGUCAAGUUGAUACCGAAGGAAAUGAAGUUGUAGGUGAAAAGAAGACAGUGGUAUAUGAGGACGUGUCCCUGGAAAGAGGCACUUUUCUGGUGCAACAUGCAAUGAGGGCAUUUCGUGCUAAUAAUGUAGAAAGUGCUAAAUCUAGACUUAAUCUAUGUGCGGAAGAUAUUCGAGAGCAGUUAGGAAGAUCGGGGAACACAUCAGAGUUGUGCUCACAGCUAGGAGCAGUUCUGGGCAUGCUUGGCGAUUGCUGUCGAGCUACCGGGGAUGCUACUUCUGCAGUCAGUCAUUUUGAAGAGAGUGUGAACUUCCUAUCUAAAGUGUCAGCAGAUGAUUUGGAGAUCAAACAUACACUCUCUAUAUCAUUAAAUAAAAUUGGAGAUCUGAAGUAUUAUGCUGAAGACUUGGAAGCUGCUCGAUCAUACUAUUUACAAGCUUUGGACAUGCGUCGGAAUGCUAUGAAGCAUCCCUCUAGCGUUCCCUCUCAGGCUAUAGAUGUGGCUGUUUCUCUCGCCAAAGUUGCUGAUGUUGAUAGAAAUCUUGGAAACGAGAAUGCUGCUAUUGAUGAAUUUCAAGAAGGCAUUAAAUUACUGGAAUCUUUGAAAUUAAGUACUGAAGAAGUUGGUCUUGAACAGAAGCGUCUCUCUGUGCUGGACUUCCUGAACAAAGAAGUUGCAAAGAAACAAACCGACUGAACUUCCUGAGAUCUUGUUUGUUCCAUUAUUAAGUAAAAUUAAAUAAGCAACCUCUGAGUCGGGAGUUAUAUAAGCUGUUAUUUGUAGUAAAGCAUAAAACACAUGAAGUUCCCAUGUCGUUACAGGUGAUAGAAACUAGUUUUGUUAGGGUAUCAUAGUCUGCUUCGGUCAACGUAUCUUUCAUGGUUGAAGACGUGCCACUAUAUGUAAAUUGUAUGGUUUGUUAAUAAGUGUGAAGAACACUAUUGUCGCAAUGCAGGAUUGAUUUUGGAUA